AUGACACUUGGGGAUGUUCCCUUGUUAGCUAUGAAACUGCAAACAUGCGUGUCAGCGAUCCACAUCGUCGUGCAGUUCCUCGCAGUCUGUCCAGCCUUCGUGGAAGGACGGCAAUCGAGGAAUCUGAAAAUAUCGGGGCCGUUAUCGGGUCACCAUCAUGGUACGCAAUAUGCAUCAACGUCGGAAAAUUACAAAAACAACACCGACGUCCCCAGGUUCGCAGAGGAGAUUCAGAACGUAACCGUAAUCAGAGGUCGAGAUGCUGUGUUAGCCUGUGUAAUAGACAAUCUACGACCUUAUCAGGUGGCAUGGGUGAGCAUCUAUACACAGACUAUCUUGUCUAUCCACCAUAAGGUCAUCACACAAAACCCACGCAUCUCGAUAACCCACAACGACCAUCGUACAUGGUCUCUCCAUAUAAUGAAGGUGGAAGAAAAGGAUCGUGGAUGGUACAUGUGCCAGGUGAACACAGAUCCCAUGAUAAGUCAACAAGGCUACCUACAGGUUGUAGUGCCACCCUCUAUUCUCACAAAAGAAACCAGCACAGACAUGGUCGUUCGCGAGGGGUCGAACGUGACAUUGACAUGUAAAGCUUCUGGAUAUCCGGAGCCUUAUAUCAUGUGGCGCAGAGAAGACGGCAAGAACAUCAACUACAACGGAGUUAGCGUGAAUGUCGUAAAUGGCGAAAUUUUGCACAUUGUGAAGAUAAGUCGAUUGCACAUGGGAGCUUACUUGUGUAUCGCUUCGAACAACGUUCCACCGCGAGUUAGCCAGCGCAUAUCUCUUCGUGUACAGUUUCCUCCUAUGCUGACAAUACCAAGCCAGCUGGAAGCAGCAUACAUAGGACAAGAUGUGACCUUAGAAUGCAUCACCGAAGCCUAUCCAACCUCGAUUAAUUACUGGACAACGGAACACGGCGACAUGAUUGUCCCCGGCAAUUACCAUUCCAUUGCAGGCGAAAAAUACAAGGCGGUACACACCGACAAUGGCUACAAGAAAUACAUGACGCUGCAGAUCAGAAACGUUGGCUUGAACGACUUCGGUUCGUACAAAUGCGUGGCGCAGAAUUCCCUCGGAGGAACUGACGGUGUCAUCAAACUGGACGAGAUUCCAGCGCCGUCAACGACGUCCACCAUUCCUCCGCCUUACCACGUGACUUCGUCUCUGAAGAAGAACGGUAGAAACGGUAACAAGGUAUCACGACAACGACCUAUCGACUACGAGGUCGAGGAAUGGCGAAAUCCAGAUUACGAUAGAGAGUACGGUCCACCAUCGAUAAGGCCACCGGGCGAGCUUCCAGCGAAUGCUUUAAAUUUCGGCGUUUCCCAUCGGGCUCAACUCGUUCUGCAUCUUUUGGUGAGUCUGCUGUCACUGCUACUUCCAGCCAUCAGAAGGUGA